CUCCAUAUUUGGUAUGAGUAUGCUAGUUCGCAUUUCUUAUUGGUUUAAUGAAGGAAAACAAGGUUGGUAGGUGACGUCAAAAUGACGUCACAAGGUUAUUGGUGAAUGGACACGUGUAAACAGAUGGCUAAUACAACAGAACCAUACACUAUUUCUGAACAGAGUACUAAUAAUAACGGGAAUAAUAGUGGUAGCAGAUAAUAAGGAGGUUUAGCUAUUGAAAUAUCCCGCCAGGUAACGAGAUUGAAGAGGAUAUUCAGUUACAGAGAUAUCAGACACGGGCAUGACGUCAUCUGGCAUGGCAAGGUGGUGGGCGGUGGUCCAAGUUGCGCCCUAUAAAUGCCCGCGUUUCAACAGCGCUGCCAGUCAUAUCUCCUACAGUAUUCGGAAAAGCUAUUCGUCCGUCUGUAUCUGUCUUUUGUGUGUGUGUUUGUGACUAAACAGCAUGGCCCCGAUUCAGAUGUACGCUCCAUCCCCUGUGCAGGAACAAUCCACCUCAGCGAGUGACCGUAUUGGCACAUUUAGAAGCUUUGAGGAACGUAAUUCGCAAGAAAACCAUAGGCCUACUUUUAGCGAGGACAACCAGUGCUACAAGAUCGUGGUGGACGUGGAGGCCUUCAUGGAGAGCGGCGUGAGGUUCGACGUGGUGAACGAGAACGAACUGAUCAUCGAGAGCUGCGCGGAGAACGGCGAAGGGAACUCCGUCUCGAGGAAGGGCCUCUACCGCCGGUUCCGCUUCCCGAGCCUCGUCAGUGUUGAUACUGUGCGAUCAGUGUUGUCCUGCGACGGCAUCCUUACCAUCACCGUAGCUAAGAAGGAAACAUCUGAUCUAAACAUUGGAGAUAUUUCCUAGUCUUCAAAAAACACAUGAACGCAGAUGCAAAAUUAAGAGGCUCGCCGCGAGUGCGUUGCUAAAUAUCCAACGAAGGGGAAACCGGAGAGGGAAUGAUCGUCUCGAGAAAAAAAGAAAAA